AGAUCAGUUUCGUUUUGUUGUUUUGAGCGUGAGGCUACAUCAAACGAUCGUUCUUCGAUUUAUGUUGCAAAGAAAUUAAAACAACUUGAUGUAAAUUCUUAGUGCGUUAUAGUGAACCGGUUUUAAAAGUAUUAUACUUAACCAAUAAUUACCUUAUGCAAUCGUCUGUGUUCAAACCAAUCCCAAAUAAGUAUUUUACGUUCCUAUUCGACCCAAGGCUAAGAUUUAAAACGAGUUUUUAAUUAAGUAUAAUGGUGUUAAUUUAGCACAAUGGUUGAGGAUAGCGAGAGAACUUAUGGAAGGACCCCUAGUAAGAGUACCUUGUUGAAGAUUGUAAUAUUAGGCGAUGGUGGGGUGGGGAAAUCGUGUUUGAUGGGUCGGUUCGUGUCCAACCACUUUGACGACCACAGCUUUCACACCAUCGGCGUAGAGUUCAUGAAUAAAACUAUAGAAAUCGGUGGCAGUUCUUAUACUCUGCAGGUAUGGGAUACAGCUGGCCAGGAGAGGUUCAAGUCCCUCCGAACCCCGUUCUACCGAGGGUCGGACAUCUGUAUACUGUCAUAUGCAAUAGAUGACCGCAGCUCCUUCAGUAACCUGAAGAUGUGGCUAAACGAGUUCUUGCACUAUGCGGGCGUCAAGAAUGGCAUUGAAAAGUUCCCAUUUAUGGUCGUUGGAAAUAAGUCAGAUGUAUCUUCUAAGGACCGGGAGGUGCCCUAUGAGCAGCUGAAACACUGGUGUGAAGAGAACAAAAUAGCGACGUACAUUGAAACCUCGGCUAAGAAUGACAAUAAUGUUGUAGAAGCUUUCUCAAUGGCUGUACAAAGAUGGUCAGACCUGGACCAGAAGGCAGAGAGAGAGCUGGGCAUGUUCCAGCACCCUGACGCCCUGACGCUGCACGGCGCUGGCCCAGCCGCCACCUUCCGAAGCACCUGCUGCUCCAGGUCCACUGAGGUGCUGUAGACAAUCGUUGUCUAUGGUCUGCGCCACAGAGUAUGAUAUCACCCGAAUUGUGAAAGUUUUAUUUACCCUGUGGUCUCAGUUGGUAACUCGUUGGUAAGCUGAUGUGAGUGUGGUGGGCUCUGUUGUGACUAUUUGUAAACUAGGACAAUCGUAUUUUUGUUGUUUAGAUAAGGCGGCAAGAGCAUAGCUCUGUUAGGUGCUGCGAAAAACCAAAUUG